CCGCGACCGCUUUCCCUCCUCCUGUCUGUUUCUCCUUUUUCUCUUUUUGCUGCGAGGGGGAGAUCAGCGUCGUCCUCGUCGUCUCCCUGAAGCAUAGAAGGUUUAUACGGGAGGAAGGGAGGUCUGUUUCUGUUUUUUUCUUCUGUUUGAUAAGGUACGAGAGGGACCUGCAGAGUCGUCCUCGUCUCUCCCAGAAGUAUAAAAAGGUUAGACGAGAGGAUGAGAGCCGGGAAAAAAUUAAAAGGUGUUGGAAAAAGGGAGAAGAGGGAGGUGGUUGGUAAGGAGGCAAGGGCGUGUUUAUUUCGUGAACAACUCCAGAUUUUGAUUUGAUCGGGGAAAAGUGACGCACCGUCAUCUCUGUCACUCUCUCUUUCUCUCUCUCUCACAAUUAAAUGUGAAAGGGUGGUCUCUCUCUCCCUGAGGGUUGCGGUGAGGUGGGUUUGGAUGCACCCACAAUCGGCCUAGAGGAGAAGAUGGGCGCCGACCUAUCAGUGACGUAGCCGGGGAAGAAAAACUCUCAGUGGGAAUCUGUUCUGCUGCAACUCUCUCUCUCUCUCUCUCUGGGCGACUGUGGAGCAUCUGAAACCCUAGCUCCGAGAUCUGGAAGCUCCAGACCUCGGUCUCUCAACCAAUUUGCGGGCUUGUCGGAGUUAGAGAAUCUGAGGUCUCCAAUUUGCUUCUUUUGGAGAAGGUGGUGCUAGGAGGGCUUGAAGACAAACCUUUGACUUCCUUGGGGUUGGGCAUCUACCGCCAAAGCGAGCUCUGGUGAGAACAAUGGUGCUUGGACCUUGUGGUCUCUGAUGAUCUCAUGCGCAGAUGCACAAGCGAAGCAGCAGAAGACGAUUUGUAAGGAGGAAGGUUAGGAUUUUCAAACUGGUCCUUGAUGAAGGUCAAAAACGGUGUGAACAAUUGCAGUGGCUUGGGCUUCGGGUGAUCACUGGGGAGCUUAUAGUGGGAGCAUACUGGGAGACAGGCACAGCUCAACUUGUUUGGGUUCCGAGGUUCUCUCGAUAAAAUUGCGCAUUCAUAGAGGGUGUUUCGGGUUGCAGACUGUUUGAGAAGUGGCAUGAGGGUUUGUAGUUGAAGCCCACUCAAGAGUGCGAUUUCUAGGGUUUCCUGCGAGGGAAAGGCAAAGGAAGAAAACGUAGAUCGCUUCUGUAGGAUUAGGGUGCUGGAGACUUGGCCUUGGAAUGCGGAGGUUGAUUUAAUGCUUUGGUUUUAGGAUAAACUUGAAAAAGGAUAUGCAGAUGAGGCUCUCUGCUUCUGGGUUCGUCCCUCAAGGACAAGAAGGUGAAAAGCGAUCCCUAAAUUCAGAGCUUUGGCAUGCAUGUGCUGGACCUCUUGUGUCGUUACCUGCUAUUGGCAGUCGGGUUGUCUAUUUCCCACAGGGCCACAGCGAACAGAUGAUCUUUGUGCAGGUUGCUGCAUCAACAAAUAAGGAAGUCGAUGCUCAUAUACCUAACUAUCCAAGCUUACCACCUCAGUUGAUCUGUCAACUUCACGAUCUGACAAUGCAUGCUGAUGUGGAGACUGAUGAAGUGUAUGCACAGAUGACUUUGCAACCCCUAAGCCCGCAAGAGCAAAAAGAUGUGUAUCUCCCUGCUGAACUGGGGACACCAAGCAAGCAGCCAACCAAUUAUUUCUGCAAGACAUUGACAGCUAGCGAUACUAGCACACAUGGAGGGUUCUCUGUUCCUCGUCGUGCAGCUGAGAAAGUAUUUCCUCCACUGGAUUUCUCUCAGCAACCUCCUGCCCAGGAAUUGAUAGCUAGGGAUCUACACGACAAUGAAUGGAAAUUCCGUCAUAUUUUUCGCGGCCAGCCCAAAAGGCAUUUACUUACUACAGGAUGGAGCGUGUUUGUAAGUGCAAAAAGACUUGUUGCUGGUGAUUCUGUCCUUUUUAUCUGGAAUGAAAAGAACCAGUUGCUUUUAGGAAUUCGGCGUGCAACUCGACCACAAAACGUAAUGCCUUCAUCAGUCUUGUCUAGUGAUAGUAUGCAUAUUGGGCUCCUUGCUGCAGCAGCUCAUGCUGCUGCAACAAAUAGCCGUUUCACUGUAUUCUACAACCCAAGGGCAAGCCCGUCAGAGUUUGUCAUACCAUUAGCCAAGUAUGCCAAAGCUGUCUAUCAUACUCGUGUUUCUGUUGGUAUGCGUUUUAGAAUGCUGUUUGAAACCGAGGAAUCGAGCGUUCGUAGGUACAUGGGUACAAUAACUGGAAUCAGUGAUUUAGAUCCUGUUCGGUGGCCAAACUCGCAUUGGCGUUCUGUGAAGGUUGGUUGGGACGAAUCUACUGCUGGUGAAAGACAGCCAAGAGUAUCCUUGUGGGAGAUAGAACCUCUGACAACAUUUUCCAUGUAUCCCUCGCCAUUUUCUCUUAGGUUAAAGCGUCCAUGGCCUCCAGGAUUGCCAACUCUGCAUGGAAUGAAGGAUGAAGAUUUGGGACUGAAUUCAUCCCUUAUGUGGCUUAGAGGAGAUGGUGUUGACCGAGGCAUGCAGUCUUUGAAUUUCCAGGGCUUUGGUGUUAAUUCCUGGAUGCAACCAAGGCUUGAUUCAUCUCUUUUGGGGGCACAAUCAGACACAUACCACACAAUAGCAGCAGCAGCCCUCCAGGAAAUGAGGAAUGUUGAUUCCACCAAGCAGCCAUCAACCGUUUUGCAGUUUCAGCAACCUCAGAACUUGUCGUGGCGAUCAGUUCCUUUCUUGCAGAGGCAGAUGAUGCAUCAAACCCAACUACAGUCUCAGCAAACAUUGCUUCAAGCACUUCAGCAGAGCCAACCGCAGAACAAUAUUCUCCAACAUCAGUUGCAGCACCAGGGCUCGUUUAUUGAGUAUGAAGCUCCACAGCAGCAACACCAGCACCAACAGCAAGUACAGCAGCAGCAGCAGCAGCAGGACCAGCAUCGGCAACAACAGCAACAGCAGCAACAGCAGCGACAGCAGUUGCAACCAGUGCCGCAUCCGCAGCAUUUGGUUGAUCAACAUCAACCCCAGCAUCAAGCCUUUCAGAUGCCAGGCCUUGUUCCUGCGUUAACUCAUCUUUCCUCUUCCGAGACCCCAUCUGUACAAAACAUCACCUCUUUGUGCCAACAGCAAAGCUUCACAGAUUCCAAUGGGCAUCCUGUUUCAAGUUCCAGCAUAUCUACACUACCCAGUGUCCUGGGCUCAUUCUUGCCAGAUGAUGCAUCCCGUCUCCUUUACUUGCCAAGAACAAAUCCAUCAUUAUCUUCUAUGGGUUGGUCAUCUAAAAAGUUGGCUGUUGAAUCAAUGCUUCCUUCUGGAGGUCAAUGUGUUCUUCCUCCAGUUGAACAGUUUGUUUCACAGUCACGGUCCAGCAAUUCCCAGCAUGCUAUCUCGUUGCCAUCACUCCCUGGGAGAGACUGUGCAGUUGAUCAAGGUGUUGGUUAUCUGCAAAGCAACCAUCUCCUCUUUGGUGUCAAUAUAGAGUCCUCGCCACUUAUCAUGCCGACCUGUGUUUCUGGAGUUACAACAGUUGACAUUGAUGCCAAUCAGGGGACCUUGUCUUUUGCGGGAUCAAAUUAUCUUAGUACCCCAGUAACUGAUUUUCCUCUCAAUGCAGCAAUGGGGACUUCUGGUUGUUGCUUGGAUGAGAAUGGCUUCCUGCAAUCACCAGAUGAUGUGGGUCUAAAUCAACAGACUAGAACCUUUGUAAAGGUUCAUAAGUUAGGGUCUUACGGGAGGUCACUGGACAUCACCAGAUUCAGCAGCUAUCAUGAGCUGCGCAGUGAGCUUGCUCGUAUGUUUGGCCUUGAAGGCCAGUUGGAGGACCCUCUGAGAUCAGGCUGGCAGCUUGUAUUUGUCGAUAGGGAGAAUGAUGUUCUACUACUCGGCGACGACCCAUGGCAGGAGUUUGUGAACAAUGUCUGGUGCAUCAAGAUACUCUCGCCUCAAGAAGUACAACAGAUGGGGCGACAGGGUGUUGGCCUCUUGAAUUCCGUCUCGCUUCAGGGGCAAGCGAGCAGCAUCUGUGAUGAUUUCACAAACCGGCAGGGCUCACGGAACCCAAGUUCUGGUAUCACUUCUGUUGGGUCGUUAAACUACUAAAACUGAUUUAGAAUUGUGUCUGUAUUAUGUUGCCCACAGUCAGUGGGUCUGAGCACAACUAGCAAGUAUCCACGGCAGAGCCAUAGAUAUAAAUACAACUGUUUGUUCA